AUGUACCUGCGGUCCUGUUCAAAAAUAGCUGAGGCUGAUUGUGACGUUGUUGUAUUCGUCAAUGAUGGAAUUCGUUCCCUUGGAGAACUUUUCAAUGCAAUUGAGAAGACACUCACUGAAUUUGAAGAAGUAAAUCCUACAGUUUCAGAAUCCUGUGAGGUGCUUGCCUUUUCCGGCCACAAAUGCAAGAGAUUGAUUUACUCCCCGACUGGCAAACUGAAUACAGAUAUAGCUGAUAGCCGUAACAUCUACGAUGCUGCUUACAACGGUCUUGUCAAGGCGCACAAACUCGGUUGCCGAAAGCCCCUUCUUGUGCUAGGACCAUUAUCAACAGGGCCUCUGGAUGAGUCUUGGAUGCAGAAUGAUUAUCCGGUCCUUAAUGCCAUUCUUGGAGCUCUCUAUGCCCUAUACACACCCCUUGAAAUUCGUGAGGCCCUUCCAAAGAGGGCUUCAAAGUUUGACACCCUCCAAGUGCUCGGUGCUUCACAGAAGGUCCUGUGCAUUGCCUAUGCAGUGGAAGAAGGUCGAAGAGUGACCCGUGAUAUCGCUGGGUCUGACCCCGAAAGGAUGGCCCCCAUCAAAAUCGUCGAAUACCUUAAAGCAGAGUUUGCCAAUACCCCUGAAAUAGAGAUGGUUGUUAAAAAGGUCGACGGAAAGGAAUAUCCCUUAAUGGCUGCUGUUAAUCGCGCUGCCUCUAGCGUUCCUAGACACGACGGUCGAGUUGUGCACCUAAAGUACUCCGACAAGUCUAACGUUGACACUACCCUCUUCUUAGUUGGAAAAGGUAUCACAUACGAUACCGGUGGUGCUGACGUUAAAGCCGGUGGUAAUAUGGCUGGAAUGCAUCGUGAUAAGGGUGGCGCAGCAUCUGUCGCUGGCUUCUUAAAGACCUUGAGUUUGCUUAAACCUAAGGGAUUGUGUGUGCAGGGUCUGUUGGCCCUUGUACGCAACAGCAUCGGAAGUGACAGCUACGUGGCUGAUGAAAUCAUCACUUCGCGUGCUGGUCGUCGUAUUAGAGUUGGGAACACAGAUGCCGAGGGACGUAUGGUCAUGACUGACCUUCUAUGUGAAGCGAAAGAGCUGGCCCUAAAUUCUGUCAACCCGUUCCUUUUCACAAUUGCCACUCUCACCGGUCAUGUAGUUAGAGCGUAUAAAGUCUACACAGCUAUUGUGGACAAUGGACCAGCUCGCAAAAAGCACGUAGGAACUGAACUGCAAAAGGCUGGUGAUAAGGUCUCGGAUCCAGCUGAAAUUUCAACUUUACGUCGGGAGGACUAUGAGAUGGUAAAGGGGGGGACGGAGUACGAAGAUAUCCUUCAGUGUAACAAUCUUCCGAGCAGUGAAACACCUCGUGGGCAUCAGUUCCCCGCCGCAUUUAUGAUGGCUGCCAGCGGCCUAGAUGAACACGGAUUGGAUUCAGGGAAGAAGCAAAUACCCUAUACGCACUUGGAUGUUGCUGGAAGUUCAGGGAGCAUUGGUAAAAUGCCCACUGCAGCACCUUUGUCAAUGUUGGUCUCUCAAUAUGUUCUCCCGCGUUUGUAA